AUGAAUCAUUUUUGUUGUUGUUCGUCUUGCAAACCUCGAUAUAAAAGAGUUGUUGACCAUAUUUAUCCUCGAAUGCCUCCAUAUGAUGUGCCAGUUAGUGGAAAUAUGCAAAAAUUAACAUUCUAUUCGAUAUUUCAUCCUGAAAAGUUAAAUCGAAUUGGUAUUUAUCUUGUUCAAAGACUUUCACGAGAUCUUGGUCGACAAAAAGUUGCUGAUGUUAAGUUUGUGUUUCCCCUUCUUUCUUUCGGCUGUAGUGUACCAAAUAAAAGUUCGGGAAUGUUGUGA